AUGGUAGUGACACUCAGGCUCCUGACGAUGAUAGUGUCCAUGGAGGUGACCCCACUUACGGUCCUGAUAGUGACGGCGAUCAGCAAAGUGAUCACCCUUCCGGGAGUGAUGCUGAUGACAAUGACUCUGAUGACCAGAUGUCAAAUUCUAGCUCCUCUGGAAGCGACCCUGGCAAUGAUGGACCAGCUCGCGGCUGAGGAAGAGGGCGAGGUAGAGUUUUACGAGGACGAGGGCGAGGGAGAGGACGAGGAGCAGGUCCGCCUCAGGCUAGAGGUAGAGGGCGAGCAGCAGGUCCGCCUCCGGCUAGAGGCAGAGGAAGGGGAGGACAAGGACAGCGUCGUGGUCGUGGUUCGUGGUGGUAAUGUCCAAGGAGGAGGGGAUGUAAAUCCGCCCAGAGAUUGGACAAAUCAGAUAGUCCAACCAGUUCUGCAGCCAUUCACCGCCCCCUCUGGUGUCGACUGUGGGCUGCGAUAUGAUGCUGACGAGUUGGACUACCUCAUGUGCAUCCUUGGCGGGACCUUUUGGGAUACUUUGGCAGAGAACACUAACUUGUACGCUGCUAAAACCCAUCCUCCAGCUGUUCCUGACCCAAACAAUCCCUUUGCUUCAUCUAAUAAGCAUUGGAAGCCUUCCACUCCUGAAGAAAUCCGUGCAUUCACUGGCAUCAACAUUCUUAUGGGGAUAAAAGAUUACCCUGAGUAUGGUGAUUACUGGUCUGCUGAUUCCGCUCUUGGUGACAAGUUUAUCAGUUCAAUCAUGACAAAAAACACUUAUGAACAAUUGUGCAAAUAUCUCCAUUGUUCAAAUCCCAAUGUCAUUGAUAGACAUGACAAACUUGACAAAGUGCGUUGGUUUAUUGUUGUCCUCAAUGAAAAUUUCCCCAGAAUGUUCAAGGCUGGGGAGAACAUAUCUAUAGACGAGGCAAUGGUGAAGUUUGAUGGCCGGCUUGCUUGGAAGCAAUAUAUUCCCAAGAAACCUAUCAAAUGGGGCAUCAAGAUCUGGUGUUUAUGCGAUUCUGGAACAGGGUAUACCUUGGCUUUCAAGGUGUACACUGGGGCUGCCCAGGGUGAUCAACAGCAGGGUCAGGACCAACAUGGUCUAGGUUACAAUGUUGUAACAGAUUUACUGCGAGAGUAUAUACAGGGUGUCCCAGAAAAAACCUAA